AUGGAUAUCAUAGAUUCCAUUAUAUUUAUACUCUUCAACUAUGGAAUCUUUCGACAUUUAUAUAUUUCGACCAAAGUUGGGAGAAUCAUACUAGUUAUACUCGAGAAAGAGAUCCCUUCUGAUUCUUAUACGCUUUCUCUUCUAGUUAACGUUCCUGCGAAUGCCACGUGGGCACAGAACGGGGUGACUAUUGCUGGAGGUCACGGGAAAGGGGAUGCCACUAAUCAACUCUACAUCCCUCAUGGUCUCUUCGUUGAUGAUGAUCAAACAGUGGUUAUUGCUGACCGAGGGAAUCAUCGUAUCAUGCAAUGGAAGAACGGUGAUACAACGAAUGGACAAGUUGUUGCUGGUGGUAAAGGCAAAGGAAAUGGAUUACAUCAAUUGGAUCGUCCAACUGAUGUAUUAAUUGACAAAGAGAUGGAUAGUCUCAUUAUUUGUGAUUAUUGGAAUCGACGAGUUGUACGAUGGUCUCGUCGUAGUGGUACAACACAAGGUGAAAUACUCAUCAACAACAUCGAUUGUUAUGGAGUAGCAAUGGAUGAGCAGAGAUAUCUCUACGUCUCUGACACCGAAAAACAUGAAAUAAGACAAUAUCAAUUGGGUGAGAAGAAUGGCACUCUCGUAGCUGGUGGUAAUGGUCAUGGUGAUGGUCUCAAUCAACUUAACAAGCCGGCAUAUCUCUUUGUCGAUCGAGAUCAUUCAGUGUAUGUAUCAGACAGCGACAAUCAUCGUGUAAUGAAAUGGGCGGAAGGUGCAAAAGAAGGUAUUGUGGUCGCUGGAGGACAAGGCGCAGGGAGUGCUCUGACACAAUUGUAUUGGCCUGAAGGAAUCUUCGUUGAUAUGUUGGGUACACUCUAUGUAGCAAACUCGUUGAAUAAUCGUGUAAUGCGUUGGACUCAAGGAGACAAGAAACAAGGCGCUAUAAUUGUGGGUGGAAAUGGUCAAGGAGAAGGAGCAAAUCAGUUCAACGCCCCCUUUGGUUUGUCUUUCGAUCGACAUGGUAAUCUCUAUGUCGUCGAUAAUGGUAAUUAUCGUGUUCAACGAUUUUCUAUCGAAUAA